AUGUCGAUACGUGAGACAUCAAUGAAAGGUAGUUCGAAAGGAGCCGAAUGUUCGUAUGGAGAUGAAUCAAAAAGUGAUGUUGUCGAACGAUUCAGCAACGUGUUUGCGAGAAGAGCGAGAGACUUACAACGCGACACUUGGUCUGAUAGUGCGAAAUCGUCAUCUGAUGAAAGCGAUGAAUUUAUUGAUGUUGAUGAUCCAGUGAUGCCCAUCGCUGAUGCAGACACGAAAACAGAUUCAGAAGCAACCACAACAACUGAUCAGCAGAUUUCUGCGCCUCAUAACACUGCUGCAUCCACUGAUGAUCCAGUGACCAAAGAACCUUCCCCCAUCAACGAGGAUUGGAUGCCAGAUUAUGUGCACGAAUUUGGUAGGAAAGAGGGAAAAGAAUACGAAUCACGGGUUGUUCGAACAGAUGAAGACAUUGAACGUGAAGAAGAGGGUGUUUAUAAAGAAUGUCAGGUAUAUUUCAGAAUCUCAAAUUCAUUAUAA